GUAUAAAAAAAUCACACACGUGAAGUUGCGGGUCUAUCUUUAGUGUUGAUCUGACGGGAAGCUGUGUCACCUCCAUCUUCUUCUCCUCUUCUUCUGUGUUCGACAUGGUGGACGUGAAACAACCCAUUCCGGGUGGUGUGCCUGGUGGUGAUGGCAAGCACAAGUUUAAGAAAAGUGAUCAGGUCGCCUUUUACAGACGGCAGAUGAAGGGUCCCAAAAUGCAGUAUGAGGCCCUUUUCCAUACAAUUUUUCUCAGUGAAAAAGGAGUCCACUUCGAGUUGCUGGAACCACACUUAAAGAGCAAACUGCUUGUGUGCCUGUCGCCCUGCAAAAACAACACAGUCAGGAUUGUCAUUGACGAACUGCUUCCCAUCAAAGUGCGCUACAGGGUCCAGGAUGUGCUCACCAAGGAGCCGCAGUGUGAAAAGGUGAGACUGGAGGAGCAGCAGGAUGACUCAGUGAUGCUCUGCUGGGCCUCGGGGCUCUACAGUUGUCGCGUGUGGCGCCAACCUUUCCGCAUGGUGCUCCUGUGCGAGGGCCAAGAGUUGGUGACCUUCAACGCGGGAAGCAAGCUGUGGUUUGAGAAUCUGCGAGAACGUCCCACCGAGGACAAGGAAGAAAGAAAAGACGUCAGUCUGGAAGAAGACAACCUGUGGAGAGAGACAUUCAGGACCUUUGAGGACAUCAAAGCCAACGGACCCAGCAGCAUUGGCGCCGACUUGCGUCUCCAUGGAUUCCACAAUGUAUUUGGCGUGCCAGAACACCCCGACACUCUCCGCUUGGCAGACACCAGAAAUGACGAGCCUUACCGACUGUACAACCUGGACGUGUUCGCCUGCGAGAUCAACAGCCAUCUGGGCAUAUAUGGCAGCGUCCCGUUCGCGGUGGCUCACAAGCAGGACCGAACUCUGGGAGUCUUUUGGCUCAAUGCCUCGGACUCGUUUGUGCACGUCAACUACAGCCAGGAAGACAGCCUGCCGCCCCACACCGACAUCCACUGGCUCUCUGAGAGCGGCGUGAUAGACUGCAUGGUUUUGCUGGGCCCGAGUCCGGCACAGAUGUACCGCCAGUACGCUGAGCUGACGGGGUACCAUGCCCUCCCGCCUCUGUUCUCCCUGGGCUACCACCAUUCGCGCUGGGACGACGACACCCAAGAGGCCGUGGCAGAGGUGGACGACAAGUUUGACCACCACCGCAUCCCGUACGAUGUCAUGUGGCUGGAUAUCGAACACACGCGCGGGAAGCGCUUCUUCACCUGGAACCCCGAGCUGUUUCCUGACCCGGCCAGGCUGCAGCGCCAGCUGGAGCAGAAGAACAGGAAGUUGGUGGUUAUCAUUAAUCCACCCAUCAUGAUCGAUCCUGAUUGGUCGCUAUACCGCGAGGGGCUAGACAGAGAGAUUUUCGUCAUGGACAGACAGAAGCAGACAUUCACGGGCACGUCCUGGGCGGGCGACUCGCAUUAUCCGGACUUCAGCAACCCGCGUGCCCGGGCCUGGUACGCCAAGUGCUUUUCCCUGGAUCGGUACAAGGGCUCGACGCCAUUGUUGCACGUGUGGGCUGACAUGAACGAACCCACAGUGUUCUCCGGGCCUGAGUUGACGAUGCCUAAGGAUGCGCUUCAUUAUGGGGGCUGGGAACACCGCGACUUGCAUAACCUGUACAGCUUUUACCAGCAAAUGGCAUUAGUGGACAGCCUGGUGACCCGCUCCGGUGGCACCGAGAGACCUUUCAUCCUGUCUCGGGCCUUCUUCGCCGGGACUCAGAGACUAGCAGCCGUGUGGACUGGCGACAAUCUCUCUACUUGGGAGUACCUGAAGAUCUCCAUCCCCAUGUGUCUGUCCAUGUGUGUCACAGGCCUCUCGUUUUGCGGAGCCGACAUUGGUGGAUUCAUCCCUGAGCCGAGCCCCGAGUUGCUGAUCCGCUGGUACCAAGCCGCCUGCCUGCAGCCCUUCUUCCGAGGUCACUCGUCGAUGAACACGGUGCGCCGGGAGCCCUGGCUGUUCGAGAAGAAUGUGACCGACGCCAUCCGAAGUGUCAUCGAUGAACGGUACCGCUUGCUACCUUACUGGUACACUGUCUUCUACCGGGCUCACAUCGACGGCUUGCCCGUACUCAGGCCUCUGUGGCUCGAGUUCCCUGAGGAGAAGAGCAUCUUCAGCGUGGACCACCAGUACAUGAUCGGAGACGCACUGAUGGCGUGUCCCGUCACGGAAUCCGGAGUUGCGGAACUGGAAGUCAUAUUUCCCGGGGCGGAGCAGCUUUGGUAUGAUGUGAAAUCGGCAGAGGUGCACCACGGGGGAGGGACUCCGAGUUUGCCGGUAACCUUGGAAACGAUUCCGCUGUACCAGCGAGGCGGUACGGUGGUGUGCCGCGCCGUCGCGGUUGGGACUUGCACCGCCGACCUCCAGAAGACGCCGCUUGCCGUGACAGUGGCUCUGGACGCUCAGGGUGCCGCCAACGGUGAGGUGUACCUGGAUGAUGGCCACACCUUCUCGUACCGUGACAAGCGGGAGUUCUGCCUACGCUCCUUCCACAUGAUGGCAGGACGCCUGCAGUGCCGCGACGCCAGCGAAGCGGGAAGCUACAAGUGCGGCAUAGCGGUGCGCUCAGUGGAGGUCCUGGGAUUGCGGGGCCAGCCGUCAGCGGUGCGGGUUUACAGGGCGGGGGCGACCGAGGGCGUCUCAGUGGAGUAUGAGUACAACCCGGAGCGGCGCUCGCUCACUGUCGGCGAGUUGGAGCUCACCGUCGAGGACGACUGGGACAUCCAGAUAUGUUGAGUUUCUGUCACAGCAUACCCCUGACCAUUUGGAAGAUUGCAUUGAUUGAAUCGAAUUAUAGAUUGAUCCAAAAAAUAAAUCAAAUACUUAA